AUGCGAAAGGAGAAGGAGGUGGAGUUCGAGCGGAAGAAGAAAGAAGACGAACAGGAAAUGGAGCGGAAGCGGGACCUGAUCCGGCAGAUUCGUGCACUGGAAAAGGUUCCUGUGGAGAAGUACAAGAUGUUUGAUCCUGCAGAGCCACCCUGCCAGGGCUUGCUCGACGAGAUGUCCCUCGCGGAGCUCAAAGAACGGCUGCGGAUCGUUCAAUCGCACCGUGAAAAGGAGCUCGACAUUAAACGUGAGAGGCAACUGGCCAGGAAGGUGGAAAAGCAGGAAGAGCUCACGGAGAAGGCUGAGAUGCUGGCGAAGGUCCGUGAAAGAGCUCGAGAGGAACAGCAGCAAAGACAUGAGGAGAUUCGGAGGCAAAAGAUUUUGGAGGAGGAGCAGAAGCAGAGGCAUCGUGAGCAGUGCAUCACUGAGGUGGCGCAGAAGCUUCAGCUGAAAAAGCGGCAAAAGAAGGAGGAGGAGCAACGUCUGAAGUUGGAGCUCAAGGAGAUCGCCACCAAACGUCAGUUCUUGGCCGCCAGCGCGGAGCAGGUUGAGGCGAAAGCACAUGCCGAGCAGCAAGCAGGUUUAGAUCGAGAAGCCAUGAAGAGACAGAAGGUCACCUUGAUCGAGCAGCGGAAGAAGAAUCAGACCAAGGUGGCUGCAGUGCAACAACGCAGAGAUAACCAGGAGCACGAGAUCGAGGAGUAUCAACAGAUGCAGCAGACCGUCACCGCUCGGGUGGAGCGCGCGAAGGCGGCUGAUCUGGUGCUGAAGCAGGAGAUCCUCCAGUCGGUCCAGUCCGCAAGGAAUAUGCAGAGACACACGGCCAAGAAGAAUGUGGCUGAGAUUGGGCACAGCGCCAAUGCAUAUAUGAAGAGGAUCCAAAACCGGAUGGCUACUUCUUGCUGA